GAACAUAGCCCAGCGGCAUUGUACGUUAUCCUUAAGUUCUGCACACCUUGUGGAUAUAAAAAAUGAAGAGGAAAAAAAGUUUAUAUUUUCACUUCUCAGGUCAAAUGAUCAAAUGAUAAUAUGGACUGGUCUUAAUGAUAUGAAGAGAGAAGGUCAUCUCACAUGGACAGAUGGAUCAUCUUUUGGCCUUAAGAAAAAUGAAAUCUUUUCUUUUCCACUGCUACCCAAGAAUGAAACAGAUUGCUACAUUUUACAGCAAAAUGCAACUGGAUCAAACUAUUUCUUUUCAAGAUUUUUCUGCUCUGUUCCAUUGCCAUAUAUUUGCAAAUAUGAAUCACUUUCUCUGCAGGAAAACCUUUUGAUCUAUAUAAAGGAUGUUGGAACAACUGAAGUUGUAUUUGGUUGGCAUAAUUUGAAUGCUUGGAAUAAUUUGAAUAAGUGGCUAAAACUGGGAUACAAAAUUAUCAUUAAGUAUUAUUUAGAUUAUACAGAAGAACAGUAUUUUGAAAGCAUAUCCCCAAAUACUACAGAAAAAACAAUUACCCAAUUGUUUCCUGGCCAUAUUUACAGAUUCUUACUCUUUGCAAUAAACGAAUGGGAGGCAAAAACUAUGUUAAGUUCAGUAUUCUUUGUUGAAACACGCCCAUUAUCAGCUCAAAAUGUCACAGUUACUCAUGUGACACCAACAGAAAUAUUUUUACACUGGAAUCCUCCAGAUCUUAUAUCUUUUCACCAUUACCUUGUGACUAUUUUGGAUGUGGAAAACAAUAAAUCACAAGAGGUGCUUGUUGAAAAACUCAACACAUCAGUGAAAAUCGGAGAUCUGAAAUCUUUCCGUCAUUAUCUGGUAUAUCUAUUCAGUGUAGCAGAAAGAGGAACUUUAAGCUGCUUUGAGAGACCUAUUUCAGCCAUUACAGGUAUUAGUCCUCCUCAGAAGGUUCACGCAAAACCUGAAGAUGUCGGAGAGGACAGUAUAAUUCUUCAGUGGGAAUCCCCACCAGAUGGCCAUGAGGUCUACAUUCAGAUCAAACCCUCAUCAGAUACAAGAGAAGUCAUGAAGCUUUUUGUAAGGGAUGCUAAUAGAUUCAAGAUUGAUAAUUUAACCCCUGGGAUGACAUAUGACAUUGGAAUGGCAACAGUGAUGAAUGGGAACUUGAGUGAGCUGGUAACUAUUCAACAAACUCUAAGUGAGAAUCAAAUAUUUUUCAUUCAUAACAGAUAUCUGCUGAUUUGGGGAUAUUGUGAAAUAUUCCCUGACACACCCCUCUGGUAGUAGGUUUUGCCUUUUUAGGUAGAUUGUUGGUGUGCUUAUCGAAUGGUAGCCCAGGACCUGGAGCGGUUUGCAUUCCUCUUCUCCUGAGAAUGCUUAAUGCAUGAAUAAAGGCAGCAUUGUUUAUGAUUAGAAACUUGACCCUAAAGCCAUACCACCUAGGUUUGAAUCUGGGCCCAACUAAUUGAGUGGCCCUGGACAAUGUACUCAAACUAUUUAUGCCUCAAUUUACCCAUUUGUAAAGUGUGAGAAAAUAAUAGUAUAUAUUUUAUGGAUUUUCUGGAAAAUAGCUGAUUUAAUAAAGGUAGGGACUCAGAACAGUGCCUGACACAAUCACUAUAUGAAUGUUUGUAAUUAUUAUUGAUCAAAACAAAGACAAGCUAUUGUAGCACACUGAAAUAAAAUAUUGACAGUAUUUAAAAGGUUUAGGACCAAACCAACAACAAAUCUCUAUGUUUUUUCUCAAAUAAGUUUAAUUCACCCAAUAGGUAAUCAUUGACAAUCCAUUAAGGAGGGAGAAAGAAAAAAAUGAAAAGUAAAUAAUAAUAUUUAUGGCUAUUUAUAAAUUGUGCUAAACAUUAGGAUGGAAAAAAGCAACGUGGUGUGAUAGAGAGUAACGGAAGAGGGGUGGGUGGUUCUAGUGUAGAUAGACUGUAAUGGGAGUUGCAUUUGAAGGUCCUAAUGGAUGAGAAGGAGCCACAGUACAAUCAGGUGGAGGAAGGGUACAUUAGGCAUGAACAAUUAGCAUAAAGGCACAAAGGCUAUAAAACAGGGAUCUGAGACCAAAAAGGCUGGAACAUGUGUCUAAUGAAGAAGGAGAAGGGGAAUAUGAAAUGAUAUUGGAGAGGUAUUCAGGGGUUAGAUCACAUAGAGCUUGUAUGCUGUGCUUUUGAGUUUGUUUUGAGGGCAGUGGGAAUCCAUUGAGGGUUUUAUGCAGGAGAGGGAUGGUGUGGUCUAUGUUACAAAAAUUUCCCCCUGACUAUGUGCAAAGAAUGAUUUGUAAAGGGCCAGGGAUGGAAGUAGGACAACUGGGUAAGAGUGUCAUGGAAUUUAGGCAAAAGAUUAUGGUGGACAAGGAUGGGAAAAUGCAGAUGGAAAGUAGUAGAUGUAUUUUAUAGUAUGAAAGUAGGACGUCUGAGCUUUGGUGAUGGAGUGCAUGUGAGGAAUAAAGGAAGAGGGUUUUGACUUCUAUCUAAUUUGGGUAGAAAGAGGUAACUCUGAGGAAGGAAAGAACAUUGGACCUCACAGGCCUUUUUGGCUAACAGUAGGGCAGCCUGAAGGAAAAAAUGCCUUGGUCCAAAAAACUAUGUACCAGUAGUGUCCACA